AUGAAGAUCGCCAUUGCCUCCACCGCUUUCCUUGGACUUGCCUCCGCCUUUGCUCCUUCCGCAACAGUUGUUCGGCAAUCAACCCAACUGUACUCUGGAAAGGAUGAAGGUGAAAUGUCAAAGGCCCUGCCAUUUGUUCCCCGACCAAAAAUGCUCGAUGGAACUCUGGCCGGAGAUGUUGGAUUCGACCCAUUCAACUUCGCUGGAGAAGAUAUGUCCAACCUUUUGUGGAUGCGAGAGGCCGAGGUGAAGCACUCUCGUCUGGCAAUGCUUGCCGUGGUUGGCUGGCCCCUUGCUGAGCUCUGGGACAAGUCCAUUGCCGAUGCUGCGGGUUUGCCAUCUCUCUUGACCACAUCUGGUGCAUCACCAUCUCUUCUCAAUGGAGGUUUGGCCAAGAUUGAUCCCGUUUACUGGUUUGCCGUGGCACUCCUUGCUGGUAUUGUGGAGUUGUCGAAUGCCGAUGUUAAGGAAGCUGCGGGAGCCGACUACGCUCCUGGUGACUGUGGCUUUGACCCACUUGGACUCUUCCCUGCUGACAAAGAAGGUCAAAAGCAAAUGCAAACCAAGGAAUUGAAGCACGGUCGCAUUGCCAUGAUGGCUGUCUUGGGAUUUGUUGCCCAGGAAGCACUCUACCGAACCCCAGUGGUCAACGAGACCCCUUUCUUUUUCCACCCCUUGUUUUAA